UGAUCUGUUCUCUUUUAGAUCUGGUGUCACAAGAUUACAGUUAAGAGGAAUUUAGCGCAUCGGAGUCAAGAGAGGAUUGAGCUGACUGAAAGCAGAUCACCUUCAGAAUCCCCGGUCAGGUUUUUUAAUUGAGGCUAAACCAAAUAAGACCAAGAUGGGAAAGACCGAAUCUGGUUGCACAAAAGGAGCAGAAGCAGUUCUAAGAGUUCUCCCCAACUCAUCAAUCCCUAUUGCAUAUCACCCUCUCUUUGGUCCUCAUAGUGACCUACUUCUCCUUGAGCUUGAUGAGAAGCUUCUCCCUGAUGUCAUCAACCAAAGAAUAAGCUUACGAGGACAGCCAGAAGAAGAUGCAGUUCUCUGUACACAGUCAAAAACUUAUGCCAUUAAGUUUGUCGGAACCUCAAAUUCUGUAUUCCUUGUACCCCCCUCAGAUCAAUUUGCAGUGGAUGAGAAUCAACAAGAUUGCAAUGAGAAAGGUUCUGACAGUAAUGGACCACAUGCAUCUGUCCUUAAGGUGGCACCUGGAACCAUGGAGCUUGUUGAGGUUGCCCCCAGAAUAGACAAACUUAAAUCGCUUCUUUCAGAAAAUCCAUACAAAUUUGAUGAAGAUUCCGAGAUGUAUGAUACUGGUUUGUAUAGAUGGGAUGACCUUAUUGACAGGGUUCAAGCUAGCGAUGAAGAAAUGAGGUUUGCACUUCGAGUUAUCUCAGCUGUAGAGAUCAAUGGGUAUUGGAGAAUCGUUGAUGAGAAAUACAUGGAUGGAAUACUAAACAUGCUUUUGAAUAACACGUUACUGAAUGAUUGGUCUUUGAAUGCGCUUGAUGAAGAUGAGGUUGUGGAAUCUUUGGUGAAGGAUGGAUUUUCUAACGUGAUUGCACACCAUUGUUUGGAUGUGUUUGGUAGUAAAACAAACAGGAGUGAGGAGGGUGGGAAAAGUUUUUGGGAGUUAGAUAACAGACGGGUCUCUGUGCAUUUUGCCAGACGGAUAUUAACAUGUGGAAAGAUGAAAUUGGAAAGUUUUAUGGAGGAAUGGACAAGAAAAGUCCCUGGAGGAAUGGUGGUGAGUUUUGACAUGUUGGAAGGGGAAGUGCUAGUAGAAAAGCUUGGAAUCCAAUCUCUUGUUUAUGCUUUUAGUGUCUCUUCUUUGCCAUCAGACCCUGCCAAUCGUUUCUCCAGGCUCUUCCAAGAGCGAUCCAAAUGGGACUGGAAGGAUCUACAGCCUUACAUCAGGGAUCUAAGUGUUCCAGGACUUACUUCAGAUGGUUUGCUCCUCAAAUACACUAGAAGAACUCAACCUACUGCAGAUUCUGAGCCUGUUUUCACUGCAAGAUGACUUGGUGAGUUCUCUUUCUAGUACCUAAAUUUAGGGUUCUUAUUCUCAAGCUGCUAGAUCUUAAGAUGGCUAUUCUUGUAGCAAACAUAAUUAGUUUGAUAUUUUUUUUUGUUAACAUAGUGAUAUCUAUAUUCCCGGGUUUAUUCGAAUUUUCAUGUUAACUAAUGUAGCUGAAUUACAGUCUAGGUACCCAAGGAAAACUUGGGAUCUUGAUUUUAAAUCCAAUCCUUGUAUAUUCCCUAGUGA